GACAAUCAAGAUUUUUGCCAGUCUCUGCUGCAUUUCACCGGCCGGCGUUUGUAUUUCCUAUCUUGUUUGAAAACUGGGCAGUCCAGCAAUUGUUACCAUGUCGCGUGUGUUUGCCUCGGUGCUUCGGCGUGGCAUUUCGUGUGCCGUUGCCAGUGCGUCUCGCAGUACGGGCGUCCAGACCCAACGCUUACUCCACGUUGCACCCAGGCUUCUUGCUCCUGAGGUACAGAAACCUGCCCCGCCGUUCAAGGGUACGGCUGUUGUCGGCAACGAAUUCAAGGAGCUCUCCCUCGCCGACUUCAACGGGAAGUACCUCGUCCUGUUUUUCUAUCCGCUAGACUUCACUUUCGUGUGCCCGACCGAGAUCAUUGCAUUCAGCGACCGCGCCGACGAGUUUAGGAAGCUGAACACCGAAGUUGUUGCUGUUUCCAUCGAUUCGCACUUCUCCCACCUGGCGUGGGCCAACACUCCGCGGAAGAACGGCGGCUUGGGCGGCGUCAACAUCCCCAUGCUCUCUGACCUGAACAAGACCAUCUCUCGCGACUACGGUGUGCUCGUCGAAGGCGCAGGAGUGGCGCUUCGUGGACUGUUCAUCAUCGACCCCAAGGGCGUCGUUCGACAGAUAACCAUCAACGACCUUCCCGUGGGUCGCUCGGUGGACGAGACGCUGAGGCUGGUUAAGGCAUUCCAGUUUGUCGAGAAGCACGGGGAAGUCUGCCCGGCGGGAUGGCAGCCCGACUCGCCCACCAUCAAGCCUGACCCCAAGAAGUCGCAGGAGUACUUCAACAAAGUUAAUUAGGAAAUGCGAAACUUUUACUGGAACAAAGUGAACGAUGUCUGCAUGAACUGUAGCAAGUGUUGUUGGCCUGCGUUCAUUUUAUUGCUCGGAUAGGCCUCACGUUAUAACCAUAUUUUCUGUAAUAAACCGGUGACACGGCAAUAUGUUUUCGUUCAGCA